CCCCGGUGGAGAACGGCGACUCUGAAAUUACCACAGAGGAGACAUGGGACCUGAAAGGGGUGGAGCCCAAUGAGGAAGAACCAGGAGGAGGGCCUGGUGGCGACGGGGGACCAAUAGUUGUUGAGGAGAUUCUGGAGGAGGAAGUCCUAGAGGAGGAAGAAGACGUGCCAAUCAUACCUAAGGUGGUCGCCCUCCCACCAGACGCGCCCAAGAAGGAACAUGUGAACGUGGUGUUCAUCGGUCAUGUUGAUGCUGGCAAGUCUACCAUCGGAGGACAAAUCAUGUAUUUAACAGGCAUGGUAGAGAAGAGAACUCUGGAGAAGUAUGAAAGAGAAGCCAAGGAGAAGAACAGGGAAACCUGGUACCUCUCCUGGGCUCUGGACACUAACCAGGAGGAGCGAGACAAGGGGAAGACUGUGGAGGUGGGCAGAGCGUACUUUGAAACUGAGAAAAAGCACUUUACCAUCCUGGAUGCUCCAGGCCACAAAAGCUUUGUGCCCAAUAUGAUCGGAGGAGCGUCGCAGGCUGACCUGGCUGUGCUGGUGAUCUCAGCCAGGAAGGGAGAGUUUGAGACAGGCUUUGAGAAGGGUGGACAGACACGGGAGCACGCCAUGUUGGCCAAAACGGCGGGGGUGAAGCAUCUGAUCAUCCUUGUCAACAAAAUGGACGACCCCACAGUGAACUGGAGCCUAGAGAGGUACGAAGAAUGCAAGGAAAAACUAGUGCCAUUUUUGAAGAAGGUUGGCUUCAACCCCAAGAAAGACAUUCACUUCAUGCCCUGCUCUGGCCUCACAGGAGCCAACCUCAAGGAGCCUGUUGAGUCGUGCACUUGGUAUACGUGAGUAUCACCAGCUUUUACACUGCUGUCCCUGGACUGUGUUCACUAGGUACGAAACGGAAGAAAACAGUCAAAUGGAGAGGUACUAUCUCUUCUUGUCC